AUGGUCCGAUAUGAUGAUAACCAGCGGGGUUCAAUAGUUGCGGACGCAGAACUUAUUAGAGUAACGGCGAAUAUAUUGGUUAGAACAGGCUGGGGUCUCCUUUCAAGUAUCCGACGCAUGCGCUCUUGGAAUCCCACCUCCGCCAUCACUUAUAGCUCGACCUACAUCAAGAAUAUCGAUGUCCGGGCCCAGACGCCAGCCCCCGACUUCCAGGCUGUUGCCCGGGCCGUGGCCAGGACAGGCGGCUGGGAAGACAGGCUUUGUCCAGUCAAACCUCCGGCCGAGACCCCUUCAUCCCUUUCAUCCCCACAUGGUGCUCGGGUUUGGUCACCUGUUGAGAACAACACAGGAAGUCGGGUUUGGACUAUGGACGUUAGCAUUCGGAUCCUGAGUGGCAAAAGAAACUCGCUGACUGGGCUCGACUCCUUUCAAGAUGACCCUCGCUCCGCCCCUGACCCAAUAUUACUCCGUCCGGUUACACCUGCUGAUCGAAUCGGCUAGUUGCGUGGUUUACCGUCUUUGUAAAUCAACCAAGGGCCAGGGUGUUUUUGAAAAGAAAAGGUUAUACACUCGGGUGAAAAAGUUGGCCGCUGUUGCUUUUCCCCAUUUAUCUCGAUAAACUCUCAACUCCACGUGAGCAUGACGCAAGGGUGAAUGGAGUGUGGCCAGAAAAUCUCCGUGAAUAUGGAAU